UCUUCUGUUUUUCUGUCCAUUAUCUGGCAAAGAAAACUCCCCUUCCUCUUUCCAUCAACUUAAAUAAACCCUUCUCUCAAUCAUCUUCUUUGGAUCUAUUGUUUCUCCUUAUCACAGCAUGGGGAGGCAGCCAUGCUGUGAUAAGGAGGUGGUGAAGCGCGGCUCGUGGUCAAUUGAAGAAGAUCAAAAACUCGUCAACUUCAUCCUCAACAAUGGCAUCCAAUGCUGGCGCCACGUGCCGAAGCUUGCAGGUUUGAUGAGAUGUGGCAAGAGCUGCAGGCUGAGAUGGAUAAAUUACCUUCGCCCAGAUCUCAAGAGAGGAGCUCUAUCUGAAGCAGAAGAGGAGCAGAUCAUUCAGCUCCAUUCUAAUAUUGGGAACAGGUGGUCGAAGAUUGCUUCGUAUUUUCCGGGGCGAACAGACAAUGAAAUCAAGAACAUAUGGAACACAAAAAUCAAAAAGAAGCUGAGGCUUCAAGGCUUGGAUCCAAUGAGCACCAAGAACAUGGAUGAGGAUGAGAGGAAGAAUCACAUCAUCUCCAUGGUUGAAGACAAGGAGGGCAUGGAAUUUGAGAUCAGUAAUGGAAGCUCAAAGAGCUCUUCAUUUCUUGAACUGGAACAGAACUGGAUGCAAGAGAUGAAGUUGAAGCAAGCUGAUCUAUCUAUUAGCAGCUGUGCCUCAACAUCCAUUGAUGGAAAUCUUAAUAAUUCUGCUUGGGAAGGAGAGUCAGAUCUUCAUGGAGGAUCCAAUCAGCUCUUUUGGCCAGAUACAGCUGAUUAUUUCUCAUCAUGGGAUGCUUAUAAUUGCAUUGAUGAUUUUUUUCAUUAUGAAAAUUAUCCAUGA